AUGCAUAUAAGAGAGAGUAUCCUGAGAUUGGUUACCGGACCUUCUUCAGCAGCCGAUAUAAAAAAUACAAAUUUGCCUGUUUUGCGAAGAGUCUCGCCUGUCGCUAGCAGAUCUCCUCUCUAUCAUAUUCUCUUUCUUUCUUUCUUUCUUCCUUUUCAUUCUUUAUUUUCCCUAUUCUCAUAUCAUCUUUCUAUCUUUCUUUCUUUCUUUCUUUUUCUUUUAUCUAGCCUCUCUAUCAUAUUCUCUUUCUUUUCUUUCUUUCUUUCUUCCUUUUCAUUCUUUAUUUUCCCUAUUCUCAUAUCAUCUUUCUAUCUUUCUUUCUUUCUUUCUUUUCUUUUAUCUAGCCUCUCUAUCAUAUUCUCUUUCUUUCUUUCUUUCUUCCUUUUCAUUCUUUAUUUUCCCUAUUCUCAUAUCAUCUUUCUAUCUUUCUUUCUUUCUUUCUUUUUCUUUUAUCUAGCCUCUCUAUCAUAUUCUCUUUCUUUCUUUCUUUCUUUCUUCCUUUUCAUUCUUUAUUUUCCCUAUUCUCAUAUCAUCUUUCUAUCUUUCUUUCUUUCUUUCUUUUUCUUUUAUCUAGCCUCUCUAUCAUAUUCUCUUUCUUUCUUUCUUUCUUUCUUUCUUUCUUUCUUUCUUUCAAGCUAA